AUGGCGACCGAGGUCACCUUCGCCAAGACCUUUCUCUCCCUGCUCGACUCCAAACCUCCCAAGAUCUCUUCCGACCAUGUCGAAGACCCGCGGAGCUACCCAGGCAGCAUACCGUACACAAUCCCGAAACACCCCUCCUGCAAACCCUUCUCCAAACUCUCCUCCUCGGCUCGCUCCUCCGCUACAUCCGCCGGCGCCGGCGCCGCCGCGGCAACCACAGGACCCAUACUAACGGUGAUCCUCCGCUCCCCGCGCAACCCGGCCUUCGACCUGACGCUGCCCGCGCAAGCUCCGUCCACGUCGCUGGCCGAGAUCAAGGAGCGGGUGGUGCAGGAGACGGGGAUCGAGUUCGGCAGGAUCAAGCUGCUGUUAAACAAGAAGCCCGUCGCGGAUAGCAAGGCGCUCAAGGACCUUCUUCCCGGGGCGGGAGUCGAAGGAAAUGAAGCAGGAGCGGCGGCAGCGGUGGAGCUUGGGGUUAUGGUCCUCGGUGGGGCGAGCGUGACGCUCAAGAAGAAGGAUGAGCCCGCAGGGAAUGGACAAGGCCAAGGGCAGGAGGCAAGGGCGGGUACUACUAGUGCGAGUGCGUCGGUUGCACAGGGGUUGAGUGGCACGGGUGUACUGGAGACGGGGCAGUUUUGGGAUGAUCUGAAGGGGUUCUUGCAGCAGCGGGUACGGGAUGAGGGCGUUGCUGGGGAGGCUUUGAGGGUGUUUCAGGCUGCUUGGGAGGGGAGGUCAUGA